AUGAACCAAGCGCACUUCAACCGACAGACACUGGACCAUGCAUCGUCCUACUACGUGGACGACGUUACACGCACGGACGUCAUUCGCGUGGCCCUGGAUAUGCGCGAUGCGCUGCCCGAGGCGAACUGCAUCUUGUUCUUGCUCGGCUUGCCGGGGCUGAUUUUCUAUGGCGGUGACUUUUGGAAUGUCCUCUGUUCAUUCGCAGCCACCGAUCACCGGAAUGCAACUCUUGGCGAUGCCUUGCGCUGGGACAAGGUCGGUGCGUGUCAAUACGGCAAGUUUGCCUCCGUGCUCGUCGGCCGGCAGUGCAUCUGGCUCACCAUUGGCAACGAUUUAACGGGCACCGACGCGCUUGGUGUCUACACGCUCACCUUCACCUUUCAGCUCGGGCGCUUCGACACGUGGCUGUGGUGCAAGUUUCUGUACCGCGUCGGCCUCACCUGCUACGUCCUGCGCGUCAUGUGGCGAGCGUACUACCGGCACUGCUUGCAUUUAGCACGGACGCUAGCGACGCACGGCCUACAGCGACGCCCGACACGCGGCACGUCGUUUGAGGUUGUCAUCGGGGACCCCACGGCACUCAUUUUGCUCGACCCGAUCGUCUCGACGGCGUUCACCUUGGACAUUUGGUUCAGUAUGGAGUACAUGGGCAUCGCCAUGGUGCGCGCGACGCAAUUCGUGGAUCUCUACACGCUUUUUCUCGCGUUCAUGUACUUUUCCCGGACGGUAUGGUUCGCCUAUCUCGCGCUCGCCCUCACGUCGCGCAGCCUCAAACGCUAUCACAAAGAGCACUGGUUCGUCGAAGUCGACCCGACGAUCGUUGCGGUCUGCGUCGCCGUGUACGCCAUUCCAGUCGACUACCUCCAAGCCAACACAGUGAUCGUCUAUGUGUACUACUACCUCUUCCGCCUCCCAUCGUCGGCCGACAUGCAAGACCACCAAGUCGAUGUGCUUUUUGGCUGCGUGCUGCUCACACUCCUCAUUGCGGCGAUCCCGAUUCUCUUUGGCUUUGCACGCACCCACUGUCGCCGCGCGACACCGUCGGUCCCGUACGCGAGUCUCGACUACAACAGUGUUAAGAACCGACUUUUGUACAAGCUCAUGCGAUCGAUCACGCUGCGCCGGGGCCUCGUCGACGAGUCGGGCGGGUCUCUUUAUGCCGCGUUCGCGCGCGACGCUCGGUACAAGAUGCACCCGACGACCAGUCUUCGCAGCGUCGACUGCUUUGUGCUGACCAAAAGGCGAGGUCGAACGACGCAUCUCAAGCGUCUGAGCUUGCUCUCGAGCCUCGAUCGAAUGGCGUCCGAUCCGAACGUGGCGAUUUCUGUGGCAACGUCGGCGACGGCCGACCGCACGUUUGCCGAGCUUGUGGCGCACGACAGCAGCUUCCAGCUGGCGCUCGGAGCCGUACCGUCGCCGUGGUGCUCGUAG